AUGGCUGCUACUCAAGGUCGUCUUCAGGGCAAGAAUGCCAUCAUCACUGGUGCUGGUGGAGCAAUUGACUCAACGGUGAAUAGUGGUAUCGGUCUCGAAACCUCCAUCCUCUUCGCUCGGGAAGGUGCCAAUGUCCUCAUGGCUGAUGUUUCCGAGGCUGCCCUUGCCAAGGCAUUGGCUAAGGUGAAGGAGGUUGUUCCCGCUGCCCCUCGUGUGGAGUCCGUCAAGUGCGACGUGUCCAAGGAAUCCGACGUGCAGGCCAUGGUCGAGUCCCAGGACAGCUGGGGAGGCACUGAUGUGAUCUUCAAUAAUGCCGGUAUCAUGCACGCCAACGAUGCGGAUGCCAUCGAUACCCCGGAGAAGAUCUGGGAUCUCACACACAACAUCAACGUCAAGGGAGUCUGGUUCGGCAGUAAGCACGCCGUCAUCAGUUUGCGUCGUCACAAGAAGGCCCGUGGCAGCAUUAUCAACACUGCCAGCGUGGUUGCUCUAGUUGGUGCCGCCACCCCACAGUUGGCCUACACCGCUAGCAAGGGUGCUGUCCUGGCCAUGACUCGCGAGUUGGCCAUCGUACACGCCCGCGAAGGCUUCCGGUUCAACGCUCUGUGCCCCGCUCCUUUGAACACUCCCCUGCUGCAGGAUUGGCUGGGCGAGGACAAGGAGAAGCGCUUCCGCCGCGAGGUGCACUUCCCCACCGGCCGGUUCGGUGAGGCCAUUGAACAGGCCCACGCUGUUGUUUUCCUAGCUAGCGACGAGAGCAGCUUUGUGAAUGGAACAGACUUUGUGGUGGACGGUGGAAUGACCAAGGCCUACGUGACCCCCGAAGGCCCUCCACUCGCAGCACCUCAGAACAACGGUCUUUAG